CGACGAUACACCCAACUCUCUCCCUCGGCUCCAAUCUCCCCCCUAUGAUGGAUCUUCCCCGAAUUUCCCGUGGUCAUCUUGGCCUUACUGUAGGGCGCGGGGUGGGUAUACAGCUUACCGCGUCUUGAUCUCAUUUGGUCUGACAUGAUAUCACCACCUUCUCGUCACACACUUCCAAGACGAGGUGAGAUCAUGCCGGUUGGUCUUAGCUGUAGGAUAAUGCCUAUAAGAACCCCUCCUCUCCACCCCCUUCCACAUUCCACACAUCCAGCAGCGUUCGACAAUGCAGUAUCUUUCGGCAGCAAUCGCUCUCCUCUCCCUCGCCCCAUCCGCCCUGGCCGCGCCCACACCUGAUCAUGGGACGGGGUAUACAGUCACCUCAGAUCUCGCCACGGGUUCCGACACCAACCAAACUUUCUCACUCACCUCGAACGGUACAUCGCUUACCCAACUCACGGACGGACAAGUGAGAAUUGGGUAUGCCGAUACGACCUGUUUGACCUUAACCCUCUCCAACAAUCUUCUUGUCGACGAUCAAAACAGGACAUGCUACAUCUCCGCACAAACCCAACUCCAGUGCCAAUCCGAUAUGCCAGCGGAGGAGUACUCAACAACCGGAUUCACCGUCUCGAAUGGAACGUUGUCAUAUUCCUCUGGACCGUGGUACGCCUGCCAAACUGGACAAAAUGGAACGAGUAAUGUGUAUUCGAGCAUGAUUGAUGAGUUGGCGUGCGCUGAGGUCACACUCGAGCUUGGGGCGGCGAGGUGUGCUCCCAAAGCUACGUGUGUGGGUAACUCUUUGCCGUUGAGUCAGUUGAGUGAUGGGCAGUUUAGGUAUGAUAACUCGAGUGAUACCAGCACGGCUGUGAGCAUCAUCAAUGGCGCACUCUACGACUCGCAGAAUCGGACGUGUUAUGUGAGUUCGCAGACUCAGUUACAGUGCGAACACACCCUCCCUGCGGAGGGUAUCACGACUGGCACAUUCUCCGAAUCAGAUGGAUCCCUUGCGUUGGAUGGAUCGAUGGAGUGGUGGGCAUGCACUGCAGAGGGCUCGAGCUCGAGUAUCUACACGACCUCCAUCGACUCCAUCGCUUGUACCAAAGUGACACUCCCAUUCUCGUGUCCGUCCAACAACACCACCUCUUGCGAAAUCUUCUCCGUUCCCAACCUUGGGCAGAUUGGGGACGGCCAGGUCCGUGUCGGUUUGGGAGCGAGUGGCGGAAACGGGGAGUUUGUCUCCAACUCGACCUUUACCUUGUCGUCUUCCACGUCCACGUUGACCGAUUCCGCUGGUCGUCCGUGUUAUAUCACUGCCGAGACUGGACAAUUGCAGUGCGAUAACUCGACUUCUGCGCCAUCUUCUCGAUUUAGUGUCGAGUCGGGGUCUUUGAGUGUUAUAAUGGCCGGGAAUAGGAGUGCGAGUGGGGCAGCGACGACGACGUGGUGGAAGUGCGAGACGGGGAGGGAGGGGGCGGGGGCGAAUGUGUAUGUGAGGAGUCAGCAUGGGGCUUGUGAGAUUACGGAGUUGCCGGUUGUUUGUGUUGAGUAGACGCGACGACGCAACGGGGGUUUGUGUAGAGAGAGUGUAUGAUUAUUGUGGCGUGGGUUUUGGAUGGACUUCUUGGAC